UGGAAAUGUGGGCUUUCUGGCUAUGCCUCAGACUGAUAAUGUGGUUCUUCAUUGUUGCUGUAAUUUUCUUUCUAUAUGAUGCUGUUGUAAUACCAAUUCUGUUCAGACGUAAAUUCGGGAAAUAUCCCAAUGUCUUUGUCAGGCCAUCGUUCAUGCUGUUUCUCGGAGACUACCAUCAGGCUCUCAAAGACGAGUCAACCAACAGGAUUUACUACCAACACGUCAGAGAAGAAGCCAAACUCAGAAACAACUAUGACAUGAAAGUAGACAUCGAAGGCAAAGUUCCGAUCCUGAACCUGAUCUCGGACAGAGCCCUCAAAGAAUACAUCAAUUUGUCUCCCACAAAGAUUGACAAACUCAGAUGGAUCAAGGGGUCGCUGAAGUUGGAAGUGGGUUCUCUCGCACAAGAAAAGACUAAUUCCAAAACUAUCAAACGCAGGAAGCACUUGUCCAAUCUUCUGGGCCUGAAUUCUGCUUCCAAGUACAUUCCAGAGAUGCUUGGCUGCUCCGAGAAGUUCCUCCAGCAGAUGAAAGCCAAAGGGAGGGUCCAGUUUCUGGAUGGAAUGGUCGCUCUCACUUUUUAUAUCUUUUCUUGCAUUUUGUUCGGAAGAGACGUCAAGUUAAUAAUGAACAAGAAAUAUCCCUACGAAAACGAGGAAGGACAAAUCGAAGAAGUUGAGAUUUUAGAGUACUUCCCGAGAAUGGGUCGUGCUUUCUUAGAAGAAUUUGUAAACCCAAUCACUGGCCUCAUGCCCAUCAUCAGUGAUUUGAAUUUGAUCAAUCCUUACAAGCGGAACCAAAGGAAUUUCCAGACUUACACUAGAGCUCUUAAAGACAUGCUCGCUCACUCCAAAGAUGACCAGUCAAUCUGGUCACAGCUCAAGACCAAAGAAGAUUACACUGAAGACGAAAUCAUCGCAGAUCUUCAGCUGUAUCUGUUUGCUGGAGGAGAGACUGGAUCCCACUCCUUGGUAUCAGUAUUCUACUUCUUAAAGAAGUUCCCAGACUCGUACGCAAAGCUUAAGAAAGAACUUAAUGAUCAUGGGAUCCACAAAGGUGCAGACUUCAACAAGGUCCUCACUAUCGACAAACUCAAUGAACUCGAGUACUUGAGCUGUGUGGUCAAAGAAGCUCUGAGGUUCGAUCCUCCAUUUCCUCAAGGCUACUUCUACACAGCCAAAGAAGACAUCACUUUGUGCGACGUUCCGAUUCCAAAAGGAACCAUUAUGAAGCACGACUACUUGUCAGGCCACUUCAACGAGAAGAGUUACUUGAGACCAAUGGAGUUCAUCCCAGACAGGUUCAACCCGGAGUCUGAGUUCUACCAAGAAUCGGUCAAGAGCGGAGUUUCACCAGAACCCUACUCUAAGAGAGAGUUCGGAAUGGGACCCAGAAAGUGUCCAGGUCAAUCUUUCGGAAUAAUGCAAGCUAAACUUAUCGUCGCUUACUUUGCAGCAAACAUGGAUUACGAAGUAGACUCUGAACUUCUGGCCAACGACUGUGUAGGAUUUGGCAUGGGAGGAAAGUUCAUGCCUUAUUUUACAAUUGCAUAAAGAUAUGGAUAGUUAUUUUCAA